CUGUGCAGCAGAGCCUUCCCUGACACAGUUACAGCAGCCUGAAGGCGACGGUCAGGACAACUUUGUAAGAAGACCUGCAAGUUUAGCACCUCUGGGAGACAUGAAAGUGCUAGACAGGCUUCUCACAAACAGGAAGACCCGCAGUUUGGUGGCGCACGAAACACUCCGGACCCCUGCAGCAGUGCACUUUGUCUUGCUUGUUUACAGCAUAACAGCCACAGUCGACAGCACUUUUUCUCAAGGAAGCGUGGUUUUUGCUGAGCUGCAUGGGUUUGCGAUGUUGACCGCAGACUAUCCUGCAGAGGAAAGCAACCCUAUCCGUGAAAUGGAGUGGAAGAAGAAAAUCAAAGAAAGCACAGAUAAACUCCUCUUGAUGCAUAAAAUGCCAGAUGAAACAAAAAAUUUUGGCUGCGACAACAGAUGCAGUUUCACGAAUCAAACCCUGAUCCUGCAUAACGUAACGGAGGAAGACGAGGGUGUCUAUGAAAUAUCUCUGCUUCUGGCAAAUUCAUCCAUGAUAAUCAAAAAUAUAACGUUAAUAACAUAUCUCCCGCCACAUAUCAGCAUCUCCUCUGAUAACUCCACUGACUCGGGGCUCAAAUUCAGGUGUCAGCUCGGGCCGGGUGCGCUGCGGUCCUACACGUGGCUCAAGGACGGCCAGGCCCUCCCGCAGGACGGGAGACACUCGCUGAGCGAGGGCAACGCGACCUUACUGGUGAGGAACCUGAGCAGCGAGGACUGCGGUAACUACAGCUGCGAGGCCCACAGUGGGGCGUCCAGAAGACAGGCCCACAUUCAGCUUUCUGUUUCAGUUUUGGGGCCAAAUCUAACAUACAGAGAGUCUCUAUUACGAGACAUUAUAAAACUGUGUCCUGCCAGUACCAAAACGUCCAGUGAUUCACCUUCACAGAGUGGAAUAAUGGAAUAUAUGCUUGCAAACCCAACCAUCUUUGGCAUCACGGUUGUCUCUGCAGCCACUGCUUCUAUCUUCACUGUUGCAUUUUUCAUAAUGAAACUCCGAAAGAGGCAGAGGAGUACAGGAAACAGCAACACCAUCUACCAAGAUAAUCACAUCUAUGAGGAUAUUACAGACAUACAGGCUUUUGGCGGUCUGGAGCAUAUCCUGGAAACAUUGGGUGUGAACCAGGCUACACCCAGGAUGCAACACCAGUCAGUCACAGUGUGCCUUGUGAAUUAUUUUUUAUUGACGUGAAACUACAAUAAAAUUAAGUCUUUCGAGAAUAGCGAUCAUCUCCAACAGCUCUUUUUCAAUGGGCUGGUUGCCCAAUUCAUCCCAUAAACAUGUGCAGCAUUCCUUAUGUUAUUGAUCACUGACACUGUGAAACACCAGACACGAGCUGUAAAAACUGGCGGUGAGCGGAAUGAAGGUACCCCUACCCUACUUUUCGUUUCCAUUGUGACUGCAUUUAACUGCCAACUAACGGCUGGGGAUGGUGACACCGAUUAGAACAGUAAAGAAAAUGCAAUUAAAAUAAAAAGUAAAUCUGAGCAUGUUUGUACCUUUAAGAAUUCAGAAUUCUUAUUCUUAUCCUACGGCUGGAUGAGAAGCCAUUGUACUUCAUCCGAACAAGUUAGAGCCCAAGUUCUCUUGAAGUCACCUCAAUACUUAAGACACAGAAACUGCUCAUUUUCCUGUGCAUCGGUAAAACACCAAGAUCUCUCGUAUCUGCCCGUUUCAGUUUCGACUCACGACGCCGGAGGCACCAUCGUUGCUGUGCGUCUACAAAGACUAUAUACCCAAUCAACAGCAAAGUGAAACCAU